AUGAACCCAGCUGCUCCGUCACCUCACGAUUCUGCCAUUUCGGUGACCACGAUCCCACCCGAACAAGAGCGAAAGCAGGCAGAAUCACAAUCACAAUCACAUCCACAACCCGGUCCCUCAACCUCGACAUCCUCGAAACGACUCUCGACCCAAAAAUCCUCCUCCCCCAAAUCCAACUCUCCCCCACACGCAGGAAUACCCUACACCUCCCUCACGCCCGCCGAGCAAGCAGCCCAAGACCUCGAAACUGCCACCGCGGUCACACAAGCGCAACAAGGCAUCGAAAUCGACGGCGGCGCCGACGGGUCCUCGAUACGCGACUACCCCGAAUCCGACGACGGCUACGAAACCGACUCCCUAGGCUCAGCGUCGACCUCGCUCGCCAGCAGUGUCCGCAACUACGCCUUUGAGAAUGGGAGAAGAUAUCACCGGUUCCGGGAGGGGAGCUACAAUUUCCCCAACGAUGACAGUGAGCAGGAUCGAGAGGACAUGAAGCAUGCGAUGAUGGUUAAUCUGCUGGGUGGGAAACUGCAUUUUGCGCCUCUUGGGAAGAAUCCGCAGAAUGUGCUGGAUAUGGGGACUGGGACGGGGAUUUGGGCUAUUGAGAUGGGAGAUUUAUAUCCAGGAGCGAAUAUACUGGGUGUGGAUCUAAGUCCUAUCCAACCGGAAUGGGUUCCGCCAAAUGUCAAGUUCAUGGUGGAUGAUGUGGAGAGUCCGUGGUUGAAGCCGUUAAAUUACUACGAUUAUGUACAUGCUCGACAUACAGUUAUGGCUAUCAGGAAUUGGCCGCUGUUAAUGGCGCGAGUUCUGGAUCAUCUCAAACCAGGCGGUUGGUUCGAACUCCAAGAAAUCCACCACUACCCCCAAUGCCACGACGGCAGCAUGCCCCCCGACCACCCCGUCGCCCAAUACUGGGGCCUCAUCAUCGAAGCCCUGGCCGUCCUCGGCGUGGAUUUCAACGCAACCCUCCUCCUGGAAGACAUGAUGCGCCAAGCCGGAUUCGUCAACGUUUCCACGCGCGUCUUCCACGUCCCGAUCGGGUUGUGGCCUAAGAACAAAGUGCUGAAGUUGGUGGGGUUGUAUUGGAGGACUAUUCUGAUUGAUGGGUUGCAGCCCAUUGCGUUGGGGCCGAUGACGAGGGGACUGAAGUGGACGAAGGAGCAGGUGGAGGUUUGGCUGGUGGAGGUGAGGAAGGCGUAUAUGGAGGGGUGGGUGCAUUCGCAUAUGCCUUGUCAUAUUAUUUGUGGGCAGAAACCGGAGGAGGGUGUGAGCUAUCCGGAGACGGGAUAG